GAAACGAGAAACAGUCAAUCUCAAAUACAACAACGUCAAGUAACGAUACGAUUAUUUUUUGAAAAGAUGAUUUCUAUUUCACAAGUGCGAAGAACGCAAGCACGGAUGGUUGCCUUCCUAGCUGCCCUUCUGGUUUUGCUGUCGGUGACCACCCAGUGUUGCUCUGCGCUCACCAUCAACCAUGUUUCGAGCAAGACGAAACGCCCUACAACAUGGUUAAUUGACGGGAACAACUUCCUAGGGCAGCGCGGUGUGACCGGGCUGCCCCGCGACGGGGACAAGCUUGCGGAAAAGCUCGUGGCCAUCUCCGGCACGCAGGGGGGUUCCAGCACUCCCAACGAUGUCUUGCUAGUCUUUGACGGUCGUAGGGACGUCGACCUGGAGCGAACGGAUUCCAAGCUGACGGAUUCCUUCACGAAGGUCCAGCUACAACACGGGACGAUCGCCGACGACUUUUUGGUUGAAGAAAUCGAGCAGAUACGUAAGGAGGACCCGAGCCGCCGCGUCAAGCUGGUGACCGCCGACAAACGGCUGCGGGCGCGGGCGCUGGGUAUCCGGCCAACGGUCAAGCAGGUGGUGAACCCCAAGGUAUUUUGGAAAAAAUACGUACCGAGGAUGUCGGGGCAGAAAAAGAACCCAACACCUCACAUGCCACGCGGCAAUAGUGGCGAAGAAUAGAGCGGGGUAUCGUGAAGUAUCGACCAGCGAAGCAGUGAAGUGGUGAUACCGACACGCUUUGUGCUGUGGCAAACGUCAAUGAUGAGCAUCGUGGCCUCAUCCUUCCCCUUCCUAGUUCAGUACAGAAAGGUACGGUGUGGAGGGACUUUCCUGGCCUCUGCCCGUAAGCAAAUAAAACUAUGAAAUAGCA